CCUCAUACUCGCCGGUUUCACAGGGAAGCUAAACACAAAUUUUAUAAAAAUGAAAUUCUUGAUUCUAUGUCUGGUUGUUAUGCUUGCCGUAGCAUCGGCGCGUCCCCAAUUCGGAUUUGGCGGAUUCGGUUAUAACAGCGGUUUCGGUUCCAUUGGACAGCAACAACAAAUACAACAGCAACAACAAACACAACAGGUAGCCUUUGGCGGAUUCAGUCAGGAACAGCAACAACAAAGUUUCGGUGGAUUCGGUGCACAGGGGAUUGCCGCCUUCGGUUAACUACAAAUAAGUAAAUAAGUUCAGAUUUUUAUUUGAUUUAAAUAUACAUUUUGCACUGAUCUUAA